AUGUCAGGGAAAGGGGCGAAGGGGUUAAUCACUUCUGCCAAAACCUCAGCGGCGAACAAAGACAAGGACAAGAAAAAACCCACUUCUCGUUCUUCUCGUGCCGGUCUUCAGUUCCCAGUUGGGCGUAUCCACAGGCUACUAAAGACAAGGACAACAGCUCACGGUAGAGUUGGAGCCACAGCCGCGGUAUACUCGGCUGCUAUCUUGGAGUAUCUUACUGCUGAAGUAUUGGAACUUGCGGGAAAUGCUAGCAAGGAUCUCAAGGUUAAGCGUAUUACUCCUAGGCAUUUACAGCUUGCAAUCCGCGGUGAUGAAGAGCUUGAUACUCUUAUUAAAGGAACAAUUGCUGGUGGAGGAGUUAUUCCUCAUAUUCACAAGUCUCUCAUCAACAAGUCUUCUAAAGAGUAG